ACCGUCGAUAGAAAGCGGAUCUUCUCGCGAGAUGUAAAUAUUGCAUAAAAUCAAAUGACAGAACACCACAAAAUUUCCCGUAAAUUCAAAGAAACUGCGGGCUACAUGGUUGUUCCUGCAUAAUAAAUGCUAACUAACCAGCGGAAUAAUAACAAGGAGAGCGCUGUGACAAGCCAACUGUGACAGUCCCAUCCUGCGUCCUAUAAAUCUAUCCGUGCACCAGCUUGGACGAAUGUACCCAAAGGGAAAAAGGUGCAGCAACCUCGGAAAUGCAACUUCUUGUUCCGAACGACGACAUCAACAAGGAUGCAGAAAAAUCCGACAGGGAUCAGCUUCAACAAUAAUUUGGCGAUUGGCAGUGGACUAGCUGUAGCAGGGAACAUUCUGAUAAGUGUUUCCUUGAAUUUACAGAAAUAUGUUCACCUCCGGAAUGCUGCGCGAGAAGUUGAGGUCCACUAUACCAAAGAACUCUUGUGGUGGUUUGGGCUCCUACUCAUGGGUGCCGGAGAACUCUUCAACUUUACGGCCUAUGGUUUUGCUCCGGCCUCCGUUGUUGCGCCAUUGGGCACGACCACUGUUGUAGCUAACCUGUUUCUGGCGGCAAUAUUCUUGAAGGAAAAAAUACGCUCGGAAAACCUGUUUGGUUGUGGCCUGGCGAUAGUAGGAGCCUUUUUGUUGGUCUAUUUCUCCAACCAGAAUGAGAAAGUGAUGGGCAGUUAUGAGAUCAUUGAAGGCCUCUCACAGCCAAUCUUCGUGGCUUAUGUUUGCUUUGAGAUGAUUGUGUUGGCAGGCUUGCUGUGCAUGCUUUAUCACAAAAAGAUGGAGCAUGUUCUUAUUUAUCUUCUUAUUUCCUCCAUCACAGCGUCCUUCACGGUGAUCUCUGCCAAAGCCGUGUCAGGGAUGAUCCAGCUGUCGUUCGUCGGGUACUCGCAGUGGGACCAGCCAGUCCUCUACGCCAUGAUUGUCGUCCUCAUUGUCACCGCUCUUGUACAGAUCAAGUUCGUCAAUCUAGCAAUGAAAAAUUAUGAGGCAACCAUCGUUGUUCCUGUCAACUUUGUUAUUUUCACGAUCAGCGCUAUCUUAGCAGGCAUUGUUUUCUACAAGGAGUUUUAUGGAAUGAACGGUCUCCAGAUUACCAUGUUUUUGUUUGGCUGUGCACUUUCAUUUAUGGCCGUCUACUUCAUCGCCGUGGGAAAAAUGACGAGUGGGACGGGAGCCAAACCUGACCUCCAGCCUCAGAAUGUGGCCUCUGACCUCAUUCCCUCGUGGAUGAUGGCGAAUGUGAACGUCGGGCAAGUGCAGCCUUCUGGGCAUGUGGAGCAUCUGAAAGACACGGAGACAGACAGCGACAAAGUUCCCAUCCUACACUCCGAGGCCCUGGAGACCAUCCAGGAGGCCGACGGACCGGAUGAGGCGGAUGGAGACGGGAUAUCCGUAACGUCUAUGGACAUGCUGCUGGACCGGGAGAAGAUGGGAGCGACCAAUCGCGCCAACUACUCCUCCACCAGUCGCAGUAACUAAUGUCCUAAGACUAAGAGACUUAACGUCAGCCAGUUGUUCAAAUGUUCGAACCCCCAGAAAGCGAAGUUUUUACGUGAGAAGGAAGAAAUUGUUUCAUUUUUUAACCCUUUGCUGUCACUUGGCGCAAUAAUGCGCCGGUGAAAAUUAUCCGUUCUGGUCACCUGGCGCAGUUAUGUGCCAGCCAGGCUGGAAAAGUCUGUUACAGUCGCUGUCCUGGCAUCGCUGUCCUGGCUGGGUGACCAGAUGGGGUGUUUUGUACUGCUGGCUAGCUGUGUGACUGCAAAGUGUUAAACAAUUGUACCUCCUGUGCGUAUCUUCCUGGGAAGCUGAGAAUGUUUCUGAGUGUUUUAUUGGUCUUCUAGGGUAAUAAUAUAGUGUAAAGCGCACAGAGCUUGCUGUCAAGCGAUUAUAUGUGCUAGACAAUAAAUACUAUUUAAUAUUUUUAUUACUAUUAUUAUUAUCUUUUUUGUCUUUUUUAACGUAUAGAGGUUGAAUUUAACAAAAUAUUUCUUGAGCACUGGAAAGCAAUACAAUAGAUAAAGAAACUGAAAUUUUCCAAAAAAUAUCAAAAUUUUGGGAUUAGUUCAUUUGAAUGGCUGGCAGGUAAUAAGUUAGAUACGUUAUGUAUUCAUGCUGCAUAUGUUUUAUAUUCUAUGCGUAUGUUUUAUAUUCUAUGUGUUCAUUGUUAUCUUUUCUCUACCUCUCAGUGACAAUUUGUGGAGGGUUUGGGCCUGUAACCAUAGCAAUUUAUGCAGUUGGGAGCGCCGUAAAACCUCUACUUAAAAAAACCAAAAAAACCCCCAAAGUGACGGCUUUGUAGAUAACUGGUCAUACAAUUGACUAUGGGAAGCUCUUUUAGUACUGGUACAUUACAUAUUACCAGAAAUACCUCAAAGAGAGAAAUCUUCUUCUUCUUCUCCUCAUUCAUUUUUAAACAGACAGCCCAAAUUUUGUUGAAAUCUGGAAAAAUGUCCCCCUUCUGAUGGACAUGAGUUUUUAUACGAAUCUGUUGCUGUAAUAUAAUACAAAACAAAGGAAAAUUUUACUUCCUUUUCAGCGCAAUCAGUACACAGGAGUAUCAUUUCAGCAGAAUAAGAAGGAACGUCGGCGCAUUUUUUUGUUUCACUCUUUAUGUAGUCUCAUUUAGAAAAGCUCUCAAGCUGUUUCCACAAUACUUACCCUCCAGACAGCUGUGUCCCUUGAACUACUACUACUGUUUAAAGAAUGCUCGAGCUGCGCCCAAGAUACGUGGAAAAACAUCGAGUGAGACUGAAACUUUUGAAGUUUGUAAAAAAGUCGAUUUUGAAAGUGGUCGCCUUUGAACAGGUUUUUCUCAGAGCAGCACAGAAUUAUCAGACCGGUUCUAUUCAUUGAACGACUCACUAUACACAAAUUAUCAGACAGGUUCUAUUCAGUGAACGACUCGCUAUACACAAAUUAUCAGACAGGUUCUAUUCAUUGAACGACUCACUAUGCACAAAUUAUCAGACAGGUUCUAUUCAUUGAACGACUCGCUAUACACAAAUUAUCAGACAGGUUCUAUUCAUUGAACGACUCGCUAUGCACAAAUUAUCAGACAGGUUCUAUUCAUUGAACGACUCGCUAUACACAAAUUAUCAGACAGGUUCUAUUCAUUGAACGACUCGCUAUACACAAAUUAUCAGACCGGUUCUAUUCAGUGAACAACUCGCUAUACACAAAUUAUCAGACAGGUUCUAUUCAGUGAACGACUCGCUAUACACAAAUUAUCAGACAGGUUCUUUCAGUCAAUGUCUCACUUUACUUGUCCCCGUCAUUUUAUGCAAGAAAAAUUCUGAAAUUAUGCAAACUGAGCCCAAAAAUGUGAAAUUAUGCGAUUCUGUUAAUUUUAACAAAGAACGAUAAAGGAAAA